AUGUCCUCGCUGCGGGGCUUUGCCCUUGCAGCUGGCUCCCUCUCCGCACGUUAUCUGCUGGGCGAUGCCCUUACCCAGCGAUGCAUUGAGCGACGGCAGGCGCACGACCUGCGUCGAGCCCUUCUCUUCGGCAGCUUUGGUGCCACCAUGGGAGGCCCCGCCUAUCUCUUCUAUGCGCAUGUUCCUGCCCAAUUGAGCCGAGUGGUUGUUGGCAAGUGGAGGAUGGUGGCGGCCAUGAUUGCAGUGGACUGGGCAGUCUUUAUGCCCCUGAUCUAUUUGCCGGUCUUCUAUACCUUCCGUGAAGCGGUGUAUAGCAGGCCCCCGAGUUGCAUCGCCCUGGCCACGGGCGCCUGCAGCUUCUGGGCGCAGCACGUGGGCAGCGACCUGACGGCGGCCACUCCGCUGCUGGUGACCUCUGAUGUGGUGAUGUUCACGGCGUUGCCGGCCAUGUGGCGCGUGCCCUUUCUGUCCUCCAUCGGACUACUGUGGGUCAUCUACAUCUCCUUGAAACGCGGCUCUUCGGAGUGA